AGUGAGCACAUAUGGAUUUUGGAGGAAGCCUGCUAUGAACUUGAUCUAUCAUCCUCAUCAGCUGAGAGUCCUCAACCCUUUCAUCCUUCGCCAGGUUUCACAGACUCUACUGAAUUUUCCCACCAUCUUUCCAAAGACAGAAAAACCAAAACAUCCCACAACUGGAAUGAUUGCCAUCACGUUGGCAUUCCAUAUGUGUAAUGAAGUCCAUAUAGCAGGAUUUAAAUACAACUUGACAUCUUUAAAUAGUUCGCUUCACUAUUAUGGAAAUGAGACCAUGUCUGCAAUGGCUCAGAAUGAAUAUCACAAUAUCUCAGCAGAACAAAUGUUGCUUAGUGACCUUAUUGAACAGAAAACUGUUACAAACUUGACGUAAACCACGGAGAAUCCCGGGAGUUUACUGUUGCCAAAAAUAAAUUCCUAAUGUACAGUAUUCAUAUUUUUAUAUAUUUGGAUUUAUUUUAAACCAUGGAAGUAUUUUGCCGCCUUUGAAAACUCUUGAAAAGUGUUUCGUUGGCCGCGGGAGGACCUCUGCCCACCGGAUUGUUGGUCACUACUUGGCGAGUCUGAACGUUACAUGUGUGCCUCUGUUGUAAAGAGAAACCUGGGACUGUGCUGGCGGUGGGUGAACCUCAAGUGAAUGUACAGUACUUCCCAUUAG